AAAACUGCGGAUUUGAGAAGAGAUGAUCGGAGUUGGGAAGAUGAAGCAGUAUUCCAACGUUCUCGACAAGCCCCUCGGCAAAGGCAAACAAGAGGUGAGCUUGAGUGCAUUUGCUUUCUUAUUCUCGGAACUUGUCCAGUACAACCAGACGCAGGUCGACAAUAUUGCCGAACUGGAAAGAAGACUUGAGGAUGCCGGGUAUGCAGUUGGAGCUCGAGUUCUAGAACUUCUUUGCCACAGGGAGAAGGGAAACCGAAGGGAGACAAGAUUGCUUGGAAUUCUGUCUUUCGUCCAUAGUACAGUGUGGAAGGUGUUGUUUGGAAAGGUUGCUGACUCGCUUGAAAAAGGGACAGAAGAUGAAGAUGAGUACAUGAUCAGUGAGAAGGAGCUUCUCGUGAACAGGUUACUGUCAAACUCAUUCGUUAACUGUAAACACUCGAGGAAUGACUGUUGUGUUGUUGAUUUAAGACAGACCAUAGAUAAAGGAUGGAUCUUUACUGGUUCAUUUCCAAAAGACAUGGGAACAUUCAACUCUGGGGCAUUUGCUGCCGGGAUAGUCAAGGGAGUUCUGGAGGGUGCAGGGUUUCCUGCUGUUGUAACGGCUCAUUUUGUGCCCAUUGAAGGACAACAACGUCCUCGGACCACCAUUUUGAUUAAGUUUUCUGAAGAGGUGCUGAAAAGAGAGUCGAGUCUAGGUUGACUUGACGCCAAACUCUAUUUCCCUUAGAUUCAGUCUUGUGUUCUUUGGUGAGAUGGCCAUGGCCAUGGACAUGGACCGAGCUUUUGUCACGUAUAUAUACUAUUAGAAGUGAUGAUUUGUAUGAAGUGUUUUGCCAAUCUGAUAUAGACGUGGCCGUACAUUCAUGUAAAGUAAAAGCCUGUUCCUAGUUUUAUGAUUGAGGAUUGCAAGAGCUUAUUACACAA